UCCGCCUUGUUCAUCUACGAAGGAAAGCGACUUGCCAAGAAGCACCUUCAAGUUGACUGGAGCGUCAAUGCAACAUCUGCUGCCUGUUACUGUUACAUUGCGCAGUGAGGUUUCUGCUUCUCAAAUACAGAGAGACCCAGUCGGAUUGGUCUGUGAAAUGUGGAAUAUCUCAGGACAUAAGUGUUGUUGCCAGAAAAAUGAAUGGGGUAUUUGAAACUCAGACCUUUGUCCACAUAGUAGACAAUACAUCACAGAAGUGAAAAAUUUGUUUAUACCAACAGCAAAUACUUGCAGUAAUUCCUUAAUUAUACCUCAUGCAACAUCUUGUACUCCUCUCCCAGAAACAAAUCAGCUGUCUGUGUUUUAUAACUAUGCAUUUAAUAAUGCAUUUUUUGGUAACAUUUAGAGGUUAGACUAAAGUUCACAACUUCAAAAUAUUGAUGUUUUGAAGGAAGUCCAAUCAGUAAUUUAUUCCGGUCUAAACCUUACCAAAUUAAAUCAUGUUACUGUCUAUAUUUUUAGCUUCUUGCAUUAUAGCCCCAUUUCAAUAUUAUAGCACCCUCAGCACAAGGCUCAAGGUUUGUAAACUAUAGAGUUUUGGGGUACACAGAAAUUUAAAAUAUCCAAAUUGGGCAAUUACUUGAUAGAAAUAUCAGUAUGUCACUGGAAAUCAGAAUUCAAAUGCCUGUUGAAUUCCAUCAAUCAGACAGUCAAUGAAAUAUUUCUGUCCUCCAUAAUUUACCAAGUUAGCUAUAGUUAUUGCUACUGUUUCAUCUCAAAACUGUGUCACCAUGGCUCUGUUUUCAUUAAGACAAAUGUUAGUUCGAUGAAGUCAGAAAAGUCCAGAAAUAGUGUGAAAACACUUUGCCUUGUGUUUAGUGAGCUAACAAUGCCAACUUUUUUCACAAGGAAAAACAAUGGGUUUUCUCACCUUUACAACUGGAAACUCACACAGAGUUAUACUACCUCGUAAGAUGGUUUAACUUGUCCCAACAAAUACCACAGCCAAUCACAUCUCAUAUAGUGACAGAUGCCUACCAAACAAUCUGGCUAAAUUAUUUUCCAGAUGCUCGCCUCGUGGUUCUUUCGUAACAAACCUUGUAUGCUCAUAAACAUGGCUGAUGAAUUGCAAAACACUUCCCAAUUCUUUUGCCGUUUUACAGUUCCUUCAAACCCAUUGGAUGCUCUGGUCCCUUGUCCAGGGCCUUACCUGUUUUACAGCAUUGGCAUGAAGAAUCAAUUCCCGCAUUAUAGGCAACCAGUAGUUCUUCCACACCAAGUUCCUAUGCCACAUGCGUCACCCUCGAUGAGCUCACUCCCAAGCAGCAAAAGCAAAAGCACAACGAAUGAAGAAAAUCCACAGCCAGGAGCUACAAAGAGGAACCAUGGCUCCAACUGGACAGACAUGGAGACAAGGUAUUUACUUGAAUUGUGGAGGGACAAUUUCCCAAUCAGCAAGAAAAGAAACAGCACUGAGUGGGACGCCAUUGCAAAGAAGCUCAAUUCCACUUUUAAAGACCAGGGAAUACCAUGCUACUGCACUGGUACGCAGUGUAAGGCGUGCAUUAAAUACCUUCAGGACCAGUACAAAUGA